CAGUAGGAGGCUACUGUCACCAAAGUAUUGUACUGCUGUUAGUAAACUAAGAAGGGAAGCUACUCAACAGGGCUGCUGUAUCCAGUUCAUGGCUCUGUCUCCUAAUGGUGUAGACCAGGAACCUGCAAGCAAGAGGCUGUACUCGAGGAUGGAAGCCUCUUGUCUGGAGCUCGCUCUGGAGGGGGAGCGCCUGUGUAAGGGUGGAGACUUCAAGGGUGCGGCAGCCUUCUUUGAAGCGGCAGUGCAGGUGGGCACUGAGGACCUGAAGACCCUGAGCGCCAUUUACAGCCAGCUGGGCAAUGCUUACUUCUACCUCAAAGAGUACGCCAAGGCGCUUGAGUACCAUCGGCAUGACCUCACGCUUGCCAGGACGAUUGGUGACCGGGUCGGUGAGGGAAAGGCCAGCGGUAACCUAGGGAACACUCUGAAAGUUCUGGGACGUUUUGACGAGGCGGCCGUGUGCAGCCAGAGACACCUGGACAUCGCCCGCGAGCAGCAAGACAAGGUGGGGGAGGCCAGGGCGCUGUAUAACAGCGGGAAUGUCUUCCAUGCCAAGGGGAAGCAGCAGUCAUGGAACUUUUCCCAGGACCCUGGGGACCUGCCGCCGGACGUGCGUGAGACCCUGCAGAAAGCCACUGAUUUCUACGAGAUGAACCUGUCCUUGGUAAAGGAGCUGGGGGAUCGUGCAGCACAAGGGCGAGUCUUUGGGAACCUGGGCAACACCCACUAUCUGCUGGGAAACUUUGUAGAGGCCAUCAACUUCCACAAAGAGCGGCUCGCAAUAGCAAAGGAGUUUGGUGAUAAAGCAGCAGAACGCAGAGCUUACAGUAACCUGGGCAACGCUCAUAUAUUCCUGGGUCAGUUCAGCAUUGCCACUGAGUACUACAGGAAGACGCUGCAUCUCUCUCGGCAGCUGAAGGACCAGGUGAUGGAGGCACAGGCCUGCUACAGCCUGGGGAACACCUUCACACUGCUGCAGGAGUAUGAGAUAGCCAUCGAAUACCACCUCAAACACCUUCUCAUCGCCCAGGAGCUCGGAGACAGGGUCGGUGAGGGUCGGGCGUGCUGGAGUCUGGGAAAUGCCUACGUCUCGCUGGGAAACCAUCGGCAAGCUCUUCACUUCGCCAGCAAGCACCUAGAGAUCUCUCGGGAGAUUGGGGAUUGUAACGGGGAACUGACUGCCCGGAUGAAUGUGGAGCAGUUGAUGACUGCCCUUGGAAUGGGAGAGGACCUGUCACCCUGUGGAUCAGAGUUUGAGGCUCAAGGUAGGUCCAGACCAGAGGAAGCUUGUUUGAGUGAGAGACUGUUUUGCUCCAUUCAGGAUCAGAACGGAGAUAGUCAUCAAAUGAACGAGUCACAGGUCAGAGCCACGAGUCACCUGAGUGGGCCAAUCAGAAGCGAGAGAGACACCCAAGGAGGGGAGAGCAGAUGGCUGGAUCGCAGAGCAUCACCAGUGGACAACAAUGACAUCAGAGUGCAGGUGGCACAGUCUAAGAUCAGUCAUCACCCUUUGGAUGAAGAAUGCUUUUUUGACCUGCUCAGUAAGUUCCAAAGUAACCGCAUGGAUGACCAGCGCUGCCCACUGGAUGAACAGCAAAAUGGAGUGGAAGGGGCUUCCUCCACCCUUGCCUCCUCGCUGGACGACAGGAUCGCCCCCUCUUCCUUAAUGACCUCGCCCCAGACGGAGGAGUUUUUCGAUCUCAUUGCGAGUUCUCAGAGCCGGCGUUUAGAUGACCAGCGUGCCAGCAUUAACAACUUGCCAGGACUGCGGAUAACUCAGAACAACCUGGGGCACCUCUGCGCUGACACCGAGCCCCAGGAGCCCAGCGACGACUUCUUCAACAUGCUCAUGAAGUGCCAGGCUUCCAGGAUUGAUGACCAGCGCUGUUCCCCACCUGAUCCAGGACCCAGAGCCCCCACUGUCCCAGAUGAAGAUUUCUUCAGCUUGAUCCAACGGGUCCAGGCCAAGCGACUGGAUGAGCAGCGAGUCCACCUUUCUUCAGACGACCAGGAUGAGACUCAAGAGCAGCCCCCAUCUCCUCCGUCACCUCCACCCAGCUAAGACUGCCCCAGGACCAACACCCUCUAAUCCUGCUGGAGCCCCACAGGAGUUACACUGAGGACUUCCCCACCCAGCUACAGUCACCGCAGCCUCAUAACUACGUGGACUAAAUCUACUUCUGCAGAAACCAGCAUUUGGCACCAGCACGACGGAAUUACACUGACUGGAUCUACUGCCAGACAUAUACAUUUCAUCCAGAUAGAGCCACGUUGACCCAUAUAUUAACGCCUGCUUGGGGCUGUCUGUUGUGGAAAUGAUAUGGGAGUCAGUUUGAUCUCCAGCUUUUAAUAUGAGAAGUUCUUUAGAGUUAAACCAAGAUGGGAAAAUAUACAGGAUGGAUGCUCAUGUUAAUAUAGUUUGAAAAUGUCAUGACCAAGUUAACCCUGCUGGACAUUCCAGUAACUGCUGGUUGCUGCUUGUGGUCACCAAAAGUUGGGUCCUGGAACACACAUUUACUGGUUUCUUGGUGAUUGCAGAGGGCAAGGUUGAAGCAGCAAGGUUUAUUGUAGACAGCAAUCAGCUGACUGUAUAAUUUUACUGUGAAAGUGCUUUUAAUUUUACUUGCUUUUCUUAAAUCAGUAUACCAGCCUAAUUGCAUGAAGAUCAAAAACUACCAGCUCAGCAGGUGAAAUGGGUUUAUAAACCAUCACAAAAUU